GUUCAGGAAAAAUAAGUCACUGAAGUAUCUAUGCCAGAGUCCUCUGAGAGGUAGCAACCCAGAAAUCCCUGCCCUUUGCUGCCUUUGACUAGGUCAGAUCCAUCACCACUAUGAAGACCCUUCUGCUGCUAGCCUUGCUCAUGGCCUUUGGCUUCAUGCAGGCCCACGGGAGCCUUGUAGAGUUCAGGGAGAUGAUCCGGUUAAAGACAGGAAAGAGAGCUGAGACCAGUUACGGAGCCUAUGGUUGCCACUGUGGUGUCGGUGGCAAAGGAACCCCCAAAGAUGCAACAGAUAGGUGCUGUGUCACUCACGACUGUUGCUACAGCCGUCUGAUAAAACGUGGAUGUGGAACGAAAUUUCUAGGCUACAAAUUUACCUACCGAAAGGGCCAAAUCACCUGUGCUGCCAACCAGAACUCUUGCAGGAGUCAGUUGUGUCGAUGUGACAAAGCUGCCGCUGAAUGUUUUGCUCGAAACAAGAAAAGCUACAGCAUAAAGUACCAGUUCUUUCCCAACCACUUCUGCCGAGGGAAGGACCCCCGAUGCUGAGAAGCCCCUCCAUGCGGAGCCUCCUCUAACACCUGUCAUCUUACCCCAACUGUGUUCCCAGGGAUCAUUUCUGCCCCAUCCUGGAGGCACCGGGAGGCCUUCUGCCCCCACCCAGAAUCACAGCCCAAAGCCUGGGACAGGUCUGAGUGGCCCCUUCCCCCACGACCCCCAGUUUAAACUGCCCUGCACCCCUCCCACCAUGCCCCUCAUGUCUGCCAUCCUGCUAAGCCGUGGGAGUACGCUCCUGGGGGAGGGGAGUCUGCUAAAUAAAACAAGUCA